AUGCGGCAAUGGGCCACCAUGCUGGUGCAAGUCCAGCUCUGGGCCUUAGUGCGGGGUCUAGGCCAGCUAUCAAAGAAGUGUGGUGGAUUGAACCAGCUGCCCUUUGACCCUGCUAGCAACAAUGAACCCUUGCAGUUUGGUAGUGCCAGUGGCCCUCUGGUCACAGAAGGCCUCAUUGAGAAUGGAGGGGAUUCAAGCAAAAAAAGAAAGAGAACAAAUGCUCCUUCAGAGCAGCUGAUGGUGGCUGAUAAUAGUAGAACUCUGAAUGUGGACUCUGCUGCAAUAACACUACCUAUGUCUGAUGCAACCGCAUGGGCCACAGCAAUGAAUAAUCUUGGGAUGGCACCAGUGGGAAUUGCAGGACAACCAAUUUUACCUGAUUUCAAUCCUGCUCUUGGAAUGAUGACUGGAAUUCCACCCAUAACUCCAAUGAUGCCUGGUUUGGGAAUCGUACCUCCGCCAAUCCCACCAGAUAUGCCAGGAGUGAAGGAGAUCAUACACUGUAAAAGCUGCAUGCUCUUCCCGCCAAAUCCAAAUCUUCCACCUCCUGCAACCCGAGAAAGACCACCAGGAUGCAAAACAGUAUUUGUGGGUGGCCUGCUGGAAAAUGGGACAGAACAGAUCAUCAUGGAAGUAUUUGAACAGUGUGGAGAGAUCAUUGCCAUUCGGAAGAGCAGAAAGAACUUUUGCCACAUUCGCUUUCCUGAGGAGUAUAUGGUGGACAAAGCCCUUUACCUGUCUGGUUACCGCAUUCGCCUGGGCUCUAGCACUGACAAAAAGGACACAGGCCGGCUCCAUGUUGACUUUGCACAGGCCCGAGAUGACCUGUGUGAGUGGGAAUGUAAACAGCGCAUGCUAGCAAAAGAGGAGUGCCACCGCCGAAGGCUGGAAGAGGAAAGACUGCGCCCCCCGUCCGCACCCCCAGUGGUCCACUAUUCAGAUCACGAAUGCAGCAUCGUUGCAGAAAAAUUGAAAGAUGACUCCAAGUUCUCUGAAGCCGUGCAGACCUUGCUAACCUGGAUUGAGCGAGGAGAGGUGAACCGUGGCAGUGCCAACAAUUUCUACUCCAUGAUCCAGUCGGCCAACAGCCACGUGCGCCGCUUGGUGAAUGAGAAAGCUGCCCACGAGAAAGACACAGAAGAAGCAGAGAAGUUCAAAUGGGCCCUUUCUGGAAUUCUUGUUCAGUUUGAGCAGAUCGUGGCUGUGUACCAUUCCGCCUCCAAAGAAAAGGCCUGGGACCACUUCACAAAAGCCCAGCGUAAAAGUAUCAGCGUUUGGUGCAAACAAGCUGAGGAAAUUCGCAACAUUCACAAUGAUGAGCUAAUGAGAAUCAGGCGAGAAGAGAUGGAAAUGUCUGAUGAUGAAAUAGAAGAAACGACAGAAACAAAAGAAACCGAGGAAUCAGCUUUAGUAUCACAGGCAGAAGCUCUGAAGGAAGAAAAUGACAGCCUUCGCUGGCAGCUUGAUGCCUACUGAAAUGAGGUAGAACUGCUCAAGCAAGAACAAGGCAAAGCCCUCAGAGAAGAUGACCCAAACAAGGAACAGCAGCUGAAACUCCUGCAACAAGCCCUUCAAGGCAUGCAACAGCAUCUACUUAAAGUCCAAGAUGAAUACAAAAGAAAAGAAGCUGAACCUGAAAAAGUCAAAGAUGACAAGUUGCAGGUAGAAAAAAUGUUGGAAGAUCUCAAAGAAAAGGAAAGCUAUGCUUCCAGACUGUCUGCAUCAAACCACGAUAGCGACUACCCUCUUGAGAAGACCAUGAACAGCAGUCCUAUCAAAUCUGAACGUGAAGCACUGCUAGUGGGAAUUAUCUCCACAUUCCUUCAUGUUCACCCAUUUGGAGCAAGCAUUGAAUACAUCUGUUCCUACUUACACCGUCUUGACAAUAAGAUUUGCACCAGUGACGUGGAGUCCCUCAUGGGCAGGCUCCAGCAUACCUUCAAGCAAGAAAUGACCGGAGUUGGAGCCAGCCUGGAGAAAAGGUGGAAAUUCUGUGGCUUUGAGGGCUUGAAACUGACCUGA